AUGACUGCCGCAGUUGAUCAGAUGCAGCUCCCAACACACGAAAAUACAGAUGCUUUGGAAGUAGAUAACAUCGUAGCCGGUUUCACGGUGAUUCCUGAUAAGGUGCAACGCUCUUCAAUCAAGGUUAUAGACGAAGCUGAUCGGGUAAUUGCCGAGGAGAAGCAAGAUUGGUACCGAGUUUUGGAGGAUGCUAUUUACCAACCCGCCGCUUUCCGGUUCGAUCCAGAACACGCAUCCAGCGUGGCUCGAGCUGGUUGUACUCGCGAACGACCGUUGAUGAAUUUCAUGCACCAAUAUGACACAAUGCACGACAUAACACUACAGAAAAUCCUCGUCUCCGCCACACUGACUCAUGAUCCAGGCCCUCUGAAACGCUUCAAUCUGUACUACCCACAGUUACUUUGUUCCUCCGCGAAAGAUGUCCGUCAUCGCGCUGCGUCAGAUUCUGCGAUGGAUUGCAGCGCCGAAACUGUGGUUACAUCCGAAACGAACCCGACAAGCGUAACACCUGUCCAAAGCUCCGGUGGUGUGGGUAUCUUCAGUACUCCACCAGGACUGCAGGAAAAUGUGGUCCUCGUAACCCCGGAAACACGGGCAAUGUUUAUUGUGCAUCUUAUUCGGCACAAGAAUGUUCAACGUAUUCUCUGUUUCGCGAACGCACGGAUCACCGCCUCUCGACUUUCCACACUACUACAACAGUUCAAAGGUGUUCAAGUCUCCGAACUCUCAGCCCAGAUGCCACCCGAGAAAAGGCAACGAGUGCUCAAUGCAUUCAGUCGUGGCGAACUCACUGUGCUAGUUUGUACUGAUGCCAUGGCUCGCGGAAUGGAUAUCAAAGACGUCGAAUGUGUUGUCUCGUACGACAUGCCACCCAAUGUAACCACAUACGUCCAUCGAGUGGGCAGAACGGCACGUGCCGGUCAGUCGGGAGUGGCCUACACGUUCAAAAUACUCCCAUAUAACCAAGCGUCUCAAAUAGCUUCCGCUGAGGAACCCCUACCCACUGUCUUCACGUGGCGGUGUAUUCCUGCCAAAGUAAGAGAACGAAAAGCCAACAUCCGGGGCUAUGAUCAUGUCGGUGAACCUUCGGCAGUUCACCUAGGGGACAAAAUUCGUGACCUAAACUUGGUCGAUCGAAUAAUGCUUUCGCUGGACGUCAGUUCGUUGUUCACAAACGUUCCCAUCGGCGAAACGAUUGAAUACCUGUGCAGUUAUUUACAAACCAAUAAUGUAGAGCUCGGUCUGCCUAUGGAUGACCUUAAACAACUGCCUUAUUUCUGCACGUAUACUGUUCCGUUCGAGGUUAACGAUGAGAUCUAUCGACAAAAGGAUGGCGUGGCCAUGGGGUCUCCGCUGGGACCGCUUUUCGCGGAUUUAUUCAUGGCGAAGGUUGAAAACACCCAAUUACAAUCAUCCAGCGAAGACUGUGUACUAUACACACGGUACGUAGAUGAUAUUUAUUGUGUCAUCGGUGCAACACCGAAUACAACAGAGCUAUUAAACAGGUUCAACAAUGCNAACAACGUACAUAGGCCCCAAUGUCAGGCGAUUGUCCGAACGGAUUCGUGA